AUGUUCUUCCACUUGUCCCUCGAUCACGAAGUCUGUCUUCAUCCGAAAUAUUUCGGACCAAAUCUGAACGAUACGAUCAAAAUGAAGCUGUUCAACGAGGUGGAGGGAACAUGCACUGGAAAGUACGGUUUCGUCAUCGCCGUCACCACAAUCGACACAAUCGGACACGGCGUUAUCCAGCCGGGACGUGGCUUCGUCAUCUACCCGGUCCGUUACAAGGCGAUCGUGUUCCGCCCGUUCAAGGGACAAGUCGUCGACGGCGUCGUCACGCAGGUAAACAAAGUCGGCAUCUUCUGCGACAUCGGCCCGCUCUCCUGCUUUAUCAGUCGGCACUGCAUUCCGCCAGACAUGGAGUUCGAUCCGAACAGCGAGAAGCCGUGCUACAAGAGUGCCGACGAGGCAACCGUCAUCCGAAACGACGACGAGAUCCGAGUGAAACUGAUCGGAACGCGGGUCGACGCCAACGACAUCUUCGCCAUCGGAACGCUGAUGGACGACUACCUCGGACUGUGCCCAGCCGAAUAA